AUGAUGUUGGCCUGCAAGCUGAUCGGCAAAACAUUGGCCCUGAGGACCCGAGCUCCCCUUCUGGUGAUCCCCGAGCUUCCUUCCUCUCAAAAGGCUUUGUCAACUGCUGAGGAUACUGACAAGGAAGAGGCCGAGGUGCCUCUUGUUUGGAAAAGACAAGCUCCCGAAGUCGAUCAAAGGCUUGAUCCUGAUCGGGCUACUUCUCGGGCAGCAGCCGGCCCCUCCGGCCAAGGCGAAGAGAUGGAAUCAACAAUGGACCCCGACCUGAGGACUGCCUUUCAGGCUAAAAAGUCCGGCACGGGCCCCGUUGUGAAGAGGCCCAGGGUUGCGAAGAAGGCCACCCCUACAAUGGGGAAUACUUCAAAAUCCCCUGCUAAGGGUAAGUCCGUCCUGUCCCAAUACCGAAGCAUAACUCAUGAUAGGGCUAGAAAUGAAGAGCUUCAGGCCGAGCUAGACGCUGCCAAAGUUGCCUUGAAUGCUGCUCAGGAAGGUGAGCAGGCCGCCAAAGCUGCCUUGACAGCUGCUCAGAAGAACGAGCAUGCUACUAAGGCUGCUCUCACCUCUUCCCAAGAAAGCGAGCAGGUUGCAAAGACUGCACUAUCCACCUCCCAAGCUCAAAUCGUAGAAGCGAACCAUCUUGCUGAACUACUUCAGGUCGAGAUUGGUGAGCUCAAAGCGAAACUACUCGAGGUCGAAGUGAAAGCCAAGGAGGAAAAGGCAGUGUCAUCAUCAGUCAUGGAGAAGAUGCUAUAUCAUUGUUGA